AUGUUUCCUUCUUUCCUCUCUUUUUUUUUUCAGAGGAUUCCAGCUGUUAUGUUAUUUGGCCAUCUUGAUUUCUUUUUUUCUUUCUUUUACUUUCUUUCUUUCUUUCUUUUUUUCUUUCUUUCUUUCUUCUCAUAUUUUCAUUUUUCUUCUUUUCUUUCCUCUAUGGUUUAUUUCGUUCUUUUCUUUUUUUACUCUAUUUUCAUUCUUUUUUUUCUUCCUUUCAUUCAACCAUUACAUUUGAAUUCUUAUUUCAUUUCAUUCAACCAUACAAUUUCUUUCUUUCUUUCUCACUUUCUUUUUCUUUCUUUCUUUCUUUCUUUCUUUCUUUCUCUCUUUCUUUUUUCUCUCUCUUACUUUCAUCCUUUCUCGCUUUCUUUCUUCAUUUAUUUUUCUUUCUUUUUUCUUUCUUCUUUCUCUCUCUUCCUUUCUCUCUUUCUUCCUUUCUUUCUUUUUCUCUUUCUUUCUUUCUUUCUUUCUUUCUUUCUUUCUUUCUUUCUUAGUACAUUUGAAUUCUUAUUUCAUUUCAUUCAACCAUACAAUUUCUUUCUUUCUUUCUCACUUUCUUUUUCUUUCUUUCUUUCUUUCUCCCUUCCUUUCUUUCUUUUUUCUCUCUCUUACUUUCAUCCUUUCUCUCUUUCUUUCUUCAUUUAUUUUUCUUUCUUUUUUCUUUCUUCUUUCUCUCUCUCUCUCUCUUCCUUUCUCUCAUUCUUCCUUUCUUUCUUUUUCUCUUUCUCUCUUUCUUUCUUCCUUUCUUUCUUAGUACAUUUGAAUUCUUAUUUCAUUUCAUUCAACCAUACGAUUUCGUUCUUUCUUUCUCACUUUCUUUUUCUUUCUUUCUCCUUCCUUUCUUUGUUUUUUCUCUCUCUUACUUCCAUUCUUUCUCUCUUUCUUUCUUCCUUUAUUUUUCUUUCUUUUUUCUUUCUUUUUUCUUUCUUCUUUCUCUCUUUCUUUCUUUCUUCCUUUCUUCCUUUUAUUCUUAGUAUAUUUGAAUUCUUAUUUCUUUUGAUCAUUUCUUUCUUCCUUUCUUUCUUUUUUUCUUUCUCUCUUUCUUUCUUCCUUUCUUUCUUAGUACAUUUGAAUUCUUAUUUCAUUUCAUUCAACCAUACGAUUUCUUUCUUUCUUUUUUUCUCACUUUCUUUCUUUCUUUCUCCCUUCCUUUCUUUCUUUUUCUGUCGCUUAAUUUCACUCUUUUUUUCUUUCUUCCUUUAUUUUUCUUUCUUUUUUCUUUCUUCAUUCUCUCUCCUUCUUUCUCUCUUUCUUUCUUUCUUUCUUUCUUUCUUUCUUUCUCACUUACUUUUUCUUUCUUUCUCCUCUCCUUUCUUUUUUUUUCUCUCUCUCUCUUUCUUUCAUUCUUUCUCUCUUUCUUUCUUCCUUUAUUUUUUCUUUCUUACUAAAUUUUCAUUCUUCUUCCCUUUUAUUCAACCAUAUGAAUAA